AUGUCUCUCUCAAUCCUCCUUUCGCCAGCCGAUGGGGCAUAUCGCCCUGGAUCGGCUAUUCGCGGCACAGUCUUCCUAACAUCCUUGACGUCCAUCGCGAUCGGCUCGAUCAACGUCACAUUGACUGGGUUCUCUCGAGUCACCUUGACGCAGAACUACGGUGACCUCAACGUUUCGAAAUCGGACCAUCACUCUCGGGCCGUUCUUUUCCAUCGCGACGCAGUACUGUACACCGGCGGCAAGUGGACGCACCAGGCCGGGCAGUACAGCUGGGAAUUCGAAAUGCAAGUACCCUUGACCACGGACCGCAGAGAUGGAUAUGCAUCGCAGUGUCCAUUCCUGGCUGGCGGAAAUGCGCUACAGCCCCACACUGAUCUGCCGCCAAGUAUGCUGUACACGUGUCGUGGGUUCGGCUGUCAGGUGGAAUACGUGGUGGAAGCGACCUUGACGUCGGUCGCUGGGAGCGCAGUGAAGGCGAAGAAACUGGCCGCCAAGACGAACAUCCUCCUUCAACCUGACCAGUGUUCGAGUUCCAGCAGAGGCUGCCCGGAGAGACAGUCAUAUGCCCGCCAUGAGCAGAUCGUGCGAAGCCCAAAGUCGAAGUCGAAUCCCCUGGAGCAGACGCCAAUCUCACGACUUCUCAAGCUGUCAAAAUCAAACCAGGUCGGCGGGAAGAGUAUUGCACCUAGCGUGGCUCCCUCUCUCAACAUCUCUGUCCAUUUGCCCACGCAAAUCGAGGUCAAAGAAGACUACUCGACAGUCGAUAUAUUGCUGUCAGCCAGCUUGGGCAACAGCAGCCACCAAGAGAGAGUGAGUGACGGGCAAAGCCCAACUCGUUGUGCCGCGCCGACACUCACAAUGAAAGCCAUGAAAAUCACAGUCAACCAAUUCACUCAUGUCCGAGCUGGACACCACACAUCGAAGUCGACUCGCAAGACUUAUACGAGAAAGACGACCUGUUCAUUGCCAGUCCGCGUGUCCCCGAACCCAGAUGAGCAGAGCACAGAGGGCGCCGGAAGUCAAGGCGCCAUCAAUCUUGGUCAGGUCACCGAGUUGCGCAUAGCCAAGGAAUUCCUCGUGGUUGAUUUUGCGACCAGUAACAUCUCCAUCGAACAUGCUCUGGACAUAGAACUUGGUUUCGAAUACGAAGGCAAGAGCUUCGAGUUCGUCCGCAGGGACGUGCCCGUCAAAGUGUCAGCCGUGUCGGCCCAGGACGCAAGGCGACUACUGAGAACCGUUGAAAGCGGAGGUCUUGUCACUCGACCGUCGGAUCGCGGCACCCCGUACCAGAACGCAGCGGCUCAGAUCGAUCGUCCCGAGAACUCCUGGCUUGUGCCACCGCCAGAGUUUGAAGGAAGCAGUGUCCUCGAACGCGAAACCGACGCGUGGUAUUCAGUUCCUCCGCCAAGAUACAUGCUCAGGGUUUCAUGA